AAAUAUAACAAGACAACCUCAACUAGAGCGCAGAAAAAAAGAUGCGAGAAAAAUGCACUUGUUGAUUUGGGCCAGGACCGAGCUAAAUGGUAUUUCACUACAGAAUAAGAAUGCUUGGCACCGCAAGAGGGGGAAGGAAAUAUUUUUUCCAUUGCUUUGCAGGACUCACUUCCCUGCAGCGCGCACUUGAGCGCAUGGACGCAGAAGUGCUUUCAAAUGAAACCUCUUAUCGACUUGACCGUGCUCUGUUUAUCACAGAGAAAAUCACGUUUAUUAAUCAGGUAAUCGGAAGAUAGGAAUGAAACCCAACUCCCAACGUGUUUCUCUGUUACUGUCAACUCUCUGCACAAGAAUGAAAGGAAUAUCUCAGUGUUUUCUGGGCUGGCUGCAGUUUUGCCAAUAGACGCAGACAGUUCUCCAUAUAUCAAAGCGGCGCCUGUCUCUGCACGUGCACGCUACUACGGUCAAUCUCGCAGGUUUGCGCCGGAGGUAACGCUGCUGCAACAUCUGCAUUCACGCUGUGAGUUGCACGGGCUCGGAGAUGUUCGCGUGGUAUACGGGCAGGAUGAUUGAUGUGGAAGCACGAGAGCGGUGAACGGUAAACGGUAAACAAUGCAGCGGAUUCUUCAGAGGAGACGCAUUCGCACGCUGCGCUUGGUUUGGUCGCUCAUGGCCGUGGUCGCGCUGUCCCUGGCCGUUUGCAGUGCCAUAUUUACAGUGUGGACAAUGCGGCAAACGCGGGACCUGUCCAAGUCCUUCAAAACUCUGCAAGAGCGCUUGGAACAGGUGAAUAUGCAGCGUAAGGCCAUCUUCCAGCUCAUCUUGGAAAAACGCGAACUGCUGGAGAGCCAGAGGUUCCGCAGAAGCGCGCCAGGGAGAAAAGAACGGAAAGUGGCCUCUCAUUUCGAGAUAACCAAAGAUUCUGUUCAGAAAGUUGGGAAUGAGGGAGUCAUUAAAGGAUGGACUGAGGAAGUGCUGAAUAUGAGCCGGGCAGUGCAUUAUAAUCCAGAGACCGGCACCUUUAAAGUGGAGCGCAGCGGUGUCUACUUCCUUUAUUGUCAAGUGCACUUCAACGAGAACCAGAGUCAGUACGUGAAGCUGGAGGUCUCCGUCCCCAAAGGCCCCUCGCUCCAGUGCAUGGAGGGGUACGGAACCACACCGGCCUCCGGCUCGCACAGGUUUCACUUCCUAAAGCCUUGCCAGGUCUCCGGCCUCCUCCGCCUUAACAAGGGUGCAGAGCUAAAGGCCGUCACUGGAAGUUCCUUUAGCCUUCAGGAGUCGGGUAAACAUUACUUUGGCCUCUUCAGAGUUAACUAGGACGGUUCGUCAGCUUUAACUAUAAGGACUAUAUAAGUUUAUAGUUUUUCACACAUCACUGGUUCAAAUCCAAACCUGUAUCUUUGACCCUGGAUCCUGCUGUUGCCUUUUGACUCGACAAGGUAUAUCUCCACAACCGGUCGUCCGUGAUCACGGGUGACUCCUUAUGAACACAAGUGCCCUUCCAAAAGAUGUCAUCGGGAUGUCAGCGACUGCACUGCAUGCCUCGUCGGAUCAAUUUGUGGAGAAAAAAAACGUCUCGGUCGGACCGCAAAUGCCUUAUUAAACGCAAACCAGCACAAUUUCAACUACAUAAAUAUAGCACUUAAUUACAGCAUACCAGAGACUUCACUCCAGCAGCGUGGUUGGCUUAUAUACUGGCAUAACCAAUUUGAACAGAAGGAUGUGAAGGGCAGGCCACUACAGGCAUGAGAGGCUUUACCACUGGUUACUUGGCUGGACCAAAACAAAGUUGACCUAGUUCCUGGACUGCCUUACCACUGGAUGGAUUCAGCACAGAAAAAAAAAAGGUUUUGGUUGUUGAUUAUGACAACUGUUGAGUGACUAAAUAUGCAUUUAAAAGUUAUAUAUGCCAAAUGCUAUACUAAACACCAAUCAAAAUCCAAUAGAAACAUUAAAACUGUUAAUGUUUACUACA